AUGGAUACCAAGAAGCCUCGUGAAGAAGAGCUCAGUGAAGAUGUCAAACAUCUAAACAUAAAUUUCAAUGCGAUUCCGCGUAAGUUUUCAGAAGUUUUCGAUGUUGUUGUAGGUUUAGAUUUGCGGGUUUUGGUCUAAAUUCGGGAAAUUUUGAGGGAUUUUGAAUUUUUUGGUAUUUUUUAAUCGUUUUUUAAGUUUGAGCUUUGUUUUUGAGUCAUUUUGAGGUUAUGGGGCAAAAACUGUAUUUUAGGUAACACUUUUUUGAAGUGUUAAAAUUUUUCUUGCUGAAAAUGGGUGUAUUUUUGAUACUUUUUUGUGAUGUUCAGGUCAAAACACUUUUAAAACACGUUAAUUUAUGUAUUUUAGAGAAGAUGCCGUCGAACACGCUCAGCAUCAACCGGCAAUUCUUGACCAACGCACGUAUCAACGCGUAUGUAUUGUCGUUUGUAGGCAAAAACGAGCCAGGGUUCAGGGAAAUGAUCUACAAGUACCGAGUUGUGAUCACCGCCAUGUACCCAGACCGACCAGUCAAGAAUGAGGAAGGCGAGAUUGUGGAAACCAAAAAGAGGGAGGUCAACCUACAUGAAGGUUUGAAGACUCCGUAAGUGGUUUAGUUUAUGUUUUUGAGGGUUUUACUGAUUUUAGUUGAUUUGUGAGGCUGGUUUUUGAUAAAAAAAAGACUUGAAUAGGUAUAAUUUUAAAAAAAGUUUAUGUUGUACUUGAUAUUUGAUGAUAUUUUUAGUGUCGCUGUUGCACAACGUGCCAACGUUUCGUACGUUGUUAUGGAGCAAGCGGCUCAGAGCUUGUAUAACUUCAAAGGGAUGGAGUAUGCCUACGACAGGGUCAACUUGAUGUACUCGACCUCAAAGCUGGUCGAAGAAGCUGAAAAGAGGGAAGACCUGAUUCAAGUAGAAGGAAAUGUAGGUUUGCUUUACUUUAUAGGGUUUAAAUGUUUUAAAGUUGAUAUAGUUGGAUAUUGAUGUUACUAUAAAUUAUUGCAAACCCACAACAUUUUCAGGACAAGCUUUCAAAGCUGGAUACUUCCUUCUUUGGCCGUCCAACGGCUUACAAAGUGUCGCUUGAGCUGGUCCAAAUCCUCAACCUCCACAAGCAAGAAGACUUUACUUCAAUCACUCAGUUCCUGGAGAUCCUGACCUCUGCCAAAGCCUACCGAACCAUCGCCGAAUCUCUGGCCAAAAACGAGAGACCCAAGAUUGAGAUCACGAAGAACAAGAUCUACUUCCCCAACGAGAGCAAGCCCUUCAACAAUGACCCGAGGAUAUUGAUGAGAGGAAUCGACAAGUCGGUCAGAUUGGCAGGAGAAAAGAUUUUCAGUCCACAGUUCAUACUUCAGUUUGAUGGUGAGUUUUUAAGGGAAUGAAUGUUUUGGAUGGUGAAGAUAAUCGUUUUUGACUGUAAAAUUGAUUGUUUCUGUAGUUUGUUAAUUUGGCUAUAAUUGACUUUUCUUUCAGCCAAGACCAGUCCGUUCUUCCCAGAAGGCUCGAUGAUAUCCUUCCUUGUCAAGCUUUUGCAACCAAAACAAUUUGGCGGUGGCGGCGGAAACUUUAGAGGUCGAAGCAGCAGCAACUCGUCGAGAGGAUCGUACAGAGAUGACAGCCGAGGCAGAUACCGUGACGACUCUCGGGGCCGCGACUUUUCCGGCAACCGUGGUGGUUAUGACGAUCGCGAUCGCAGAGACAGCCGCGACAGCAACCGCGACAUUGACAAUCUGGAAGAGUUGUUCAGGGACAGCAGGAAGGUCGAGCAGGCGUCGGCUCAUAUGAAAAGUUCGUUUUUGAAAUUUUAUAGAAAAAAUUUUUUGGAUUUUAAUGUUCAAUAUUAUCUAUGUUUUAAUCACGUUUAAAAUAGCUUAUUAGACUAGAAAAAAAAGUGAUUAAAAAGUCAACAAAAUGACGUAUUUUCAGAUGUCGUCGUCAGAACGACUCACUUGGGCGACAAGAACCGCAUCUUCCCCAUAUACGAGCUUUGUGGAGAAAUUGGCAACUUGAAGUUUACGACCAAGAAUGGAGAUGUCUAUGUGACCGACCGUUUUGAACAAAAGUACAAGCAACGGGUCAACAAGCGCCUUCCAGCUGUCGCCGAGCACAUCAAGAGUCGAAAAGAGACCAACUACUACCCAAUGGAAGUGUUGGAGAUUGUUCCAAAUCAAAGAGUUUCGGUCCAGAAGUCGCAGAUGGAGCCUAAUCUGGUAAGUGUGAGCAUUGAGAUUGGGGAUAUUAAUAUAUAUGUAUAUUUUAUAGUAUUUAUGCUUAUAUAUGUUAGCUGUUGACUUGGGAAAUUUUUCUUUUUCAUGGUUAUCAUUGUAGUUGUUUUACAUCGUUUACAAGUGAUUAUUUAGACCGAAAUCAUGACCAGAGAAUGUCAACAAACUCCGUCUGUCAUGACCAGGCUGUUUGAAGAAGCCAAGAGAGAAGUUCACAUCCACGACAACAAUCCGUGGCUCAAGCAUUUUGGUGUAAGUUUUAUGUGUCAGUAUAACAUAAUCAUUUUGUGUUUUAUUGAUAUACGUCUAUUCUAAGAUGGAUAUCAUUAAUAUACAUCUACACUAAGAUGUAUAUUAUUAUGUUGUUAUAGGUGAAAGUCGGCUCAGACCUCAUUGAAGUGAACGAUGCAGUCCUUGUCCCAGCUCCAGACUGUAUUCUUGGCAGAGAUCAGCACGCCAACAUUGACAGAAAUCAAAUGAACUUCCGUUUGGACAGAAAUGUGCUCAAGAUCACACCCAAAGUAGAAUUCAACUGGUGCUUGGUGGAUGUUGGAAACGCAUUGGGUCGCGAUGUUGAGUGAGUUGAUGAGUUUAUGGUGUAUGAUAUCGUUAUAGUAUAUGGUAGUGUCUUUGCUGACAUUGGUAUAGUAUAUUACAGUCUUUUUCUGAUAUUAUUAUAGUAUAUAAUUGGUUUUUUUACGGAGCACUGUAACUUGAUCUAUUUUUAUUUUCAGUCGUUUCCUGGACACCUACAUGCGUCGUUGUGAUGAACUCGGUCUCCGUCUACCAAGACCAGACCAAAGAAGCGCUCCCAACAUGAGAGGCAAUCGUCAAGAUGACUUUGACCGAGCUUUUGAUGAUAUGCGUCGCAACAACAUUGGAUUUGCCAUCUUCAUCACCCGCAACAAGACCGACUCGUCUCACGAGUUUAUCAAGUUUGGCGAAAGCAAAUACGGAAUCCUGACCCAACAGAUUCUGUCCAAGAACGCUCAAAACCCGAAAGCAGACACGUUGAACAACAUCAUCCUCAAGACCAACUUGAAGUUGGGAGGACAGAACUGGACUGUCAAGGUUAACCCAAUGACGGGAAGCAUGUACGGAGUUUAUAUUGUUAUUGUGUUAGUGCUGGCUACCCAGUUUUUAAAUUUUGUUGUUAUUGUUGCUGGUUAAUUGAGUUGACAAGAGAAUUAUGUUUUUGGUUGUUUUUUACUGUAAUUACAGUAUAUUAAAUUUAAAAAUUGAUUAUAGCAACAUAAUCGACAUGAAGCAGUGCAUGUUCAUUGGCAUCGGCUUUUCGUCAGCUGGCCCUCAGAACGUGGAGAGAACCGUUGAGAACCCUCAAGAAAUUGAGACUGCGUCCCUGGCCUACACGGUCGACCGUGACCUGCGUCUGAACGGUGAUUGGUUCUACUACCAGAAGAAGACCAAGGGCAAUGCUAACAUGGUACCAUUGGGAGGAGCUGACGGAGAAGAACUGGACGAGUACGAGGUUCAGAUGUACCGCAUCAUCAAGCAAGGAUUGAACGCAUGGAGACAAAGUCAUGGCGCUUUCCCGAAACACGUCAUUGCUUACCGUAAUGGAACUGUGAGUUUGAAAUCUGUUAUACAGUGGAGUCUUGUAAAAUGGGAAGAAGACUACGCUUUUGCUCUGUAAAGCGUCAUAUGGCUAUGUUCAGUCUAUUUGGGACUGAUAGCAUCAUCUAUAUGAGUUGCUUGCGUAAAACUUUAAAAUAAAAAUUUACGUUCUCACUGUUUUUUUUUGUUUUGAAAUAUAUUCUGACCCUUUUUGCCAUUUUAGAGCGAAGGAGAAUUCCCAGAAAUCUUCAAGCGUGAAGUCACCCUCCUGGACAAGGCCUGUGCCGAAGUUGGAGCUCAGGACACCUCGAGAACCUUUUUGGUCGCCGUGACUCGCAGCAACAACAGAAUCUUUAGAAUUGCUCGCGAAACCAACCCCAACGACAGACCUCCACAACAGAAUGUGAGAGCCGGAACCGCGUACUACAACGCCAUGACCCACCCCAGAUUCACCGAGUUCAUUCUCCAAUCUCACCGCUCGAUUCAGGUUAGUUUGGGAUGUGGGUAUGAUAGUAAGGGUAUUGUCACAUACGUAGGGGGUUUUGAAAUUAAUGAGGUGUGAAUGUUUUGCAUAGGGUGCAUUUUACGGGCAUUUUAAAAUUACUGUAAGCUAUUUAUUGCGAAAUCGUUAUGUGACGUCACUUUAAAUUUGGCGGUAAAGCCAAUUUUGGUCAUUUUUCAUUUAUGAGAUGUAGGGGUCGGUCGGAUAUCUUGUAUUUUGCUGGUACGAUUUGUGCUUUUUCAUAUGGAGUAACUUGGAUGGUACUAUGGUAUGGUCAGGUCUCCUAGCGUUUGAUAGGCUUAACAUAUUGUGAUGAUAAAACCCCAUGACUUAAUUCUAGGCUUAUGUUAUCGCGAUAACUAUUUAUAAUUAUCGUGGUCUAUUUUCUCAAAUUAUUUUUGUUUUUUCAGGGAACUGGACGUCCUGUCCGAUAUGUCGUUCUAAAUGACACAUGUGCGCCUCGUAUCAGCACCGAAGAGCUGAUCACCAUCACAAACAGUAUGGCGUAUGUACAUGGCGUGGUAUGCUCUCCAGUAUCCCUUCCAUCUUGUCUGUAUGCCGCGCAGGACCUCGCUCAACGUGCUCAGAAGCACGUCCGCUACACUCAUGAGAACACUCCAAAGGCGAUCAAUGAAGCCGUCAGACCGAAUGUUGAGAAUAGGUUCUGGGCUUAG